AUGGCACCAGUACAUUCAUUCGAUAUCUGUAACAGUUACAAUAUCGAUGAAGCCUAUCACUCUACUAAUGUAGUUAAGCAGUGCGAUUCAAAAAUCAGCUGCAGCGAUGACUAUUUUGAUGCAAUUCGAAAGUUGAUAGCAACUAAAGUCGCUAAGAGUGACUAUGACCCAUUUUUCGUAAUGAAUGUGGAACUCAUCGAUGGCAUUCUGAAAAACUGGUUCAAAAAAAUGCGAGAUAUUAAACCUUACUAUGCAUUACGAUGCAAUUCAGAUAAUGUCUUGCUGAAACUACUUACUCGAAAUACCGAUAUGGGUUUAUGUUGCAUCAAUCGAUAUGAAGUUGAAAUGGCUAUGAAAAUUGUCAACGUAGAUCGAAUCAUCUAUCGAAAUCCAUUGUGGACACGUGGCAAUAUUCGUCAUGCUAAGGAAUGUGGCAUCCAAACAGUUAUCAUUGAAACGGAAGAUGAUUUAAAGCGUUUUGCAACGUAUUAUUGUGAAGCAAACAUAAUUUUACGUGUAACAAUGGAUCGAAAGGUGGUUAGUGAUCCUCUUACGGAGGAUAACUUGGAUGUCGAGAAAGCUAGCAGUUUACUUCGUACUACAAAGGACUCAUCAAUGAGAAUAAGAGGCAUUAGCCUUUCUGUACGCUCAGUCUGUUCAGCGCCAACAAUAUAUUUAUAUGCAAUUGGACAGUGUCGGCGGCUGUUUGAUAUUGGGCUGGAAGUAGGCCAUAAAAUGGAUAUUUUGGAUGUAGGUGAUGGGUUUCCAAGUAUGUCUGCUACUGAUGGCUUAUCAUUUGAUCAGAUUGCUGAGUCACUGCAUGUUGCAUUUGCACUUUUCUUCCCAUCAAAGCUCUUCAAAAAUAUAAGAGUAAUCGCUGAACCAAGCUCAUAUUUUGCGGCUUCUUCUUUUUCUUUAAUUACACGUGUCAUUGGCAAACGGCUAAUUGAUGGAAGUUUUCUCACAAAUAAUGAAUCAGAUGCUGGUACAGUCGGCUAUGUUUAUCAAAUCAACGAAGGAUUUUAUGGAGCAUUUGGCUGCAAACUUCUAACUCAUCGUAAUCCUGUUUGUUCGCCAUUAAUGAUUUUCGGCGAAAAAAUUAAGACAUAUGCAACAGUCAUUGGUCCUGAAGUUUGUGAUACAGAUGUUGUUCUAUCACUGACAAGACUUCCACCUCUACAGGUGGGUGAUUGGCUCAUUUGGCAUGAUAUGGGAGCUUACACAAUUGGUAAUCAUGACAUGUCUGAACAAAAUGAUCCUCCUUUGGUUAUUCAGUAUUAUUAUGCAAGUGAAAAAACAAAAACUAUUUUUCCGGAUUCAAAAACUCUACGAUUCGAAGAUACACAAAGCGAGGAAGGAAAUUCUUCAAGUAACAUUGUAUGCAAUGCUUCGAAAUCCGAGCUUAUCACUCAUACAGAUGCUGUUGUUACCGUUGCAAAACAAUUUAAGACAUAA